AUGGCUGUCCUGCAAUCAACUUUUGUAACUUUUGUUUGCUUGACAAGGUAAGAUUCCCCUCUAAGCUUGAACAUAUCAGAGUAAAACAAAUUUGAUGGUUUAACUGUUUAUUAUGUUUUUCUCAGUCUUGGUUACAUACAUGGAAAUGAGAAGAUAUUUUCAGACAAUAUUACCCGAAUUUUGGACCGACUUCUGGAUGGUUACGACAACAGACUGCGACCAGGAUCUGGGGGUAAUUCAGAUAACGAAUCUCGUUCUUUUGUUUCUCAGUGCUGAUAGUUUUGUAAAGAUAGAGUAGAACAGGUAUUUUGUUUCAAGCUUUUUGUGUGCGUUUUGUCUUUAUUGCAGGUGGUGUCACAGAGGUGAAGACAGACAUCUUUGUCACCAGUUUUGGACCUGUUUCUGAUGUUGAGAUGGUAUGAAACUGCUGCUGUAAGGAGAUGUAUAAGUGCUGACUGUGUGAGAUAAUAGCACUUUGGUGACUACUGCCUUGCGGGCAAUCUGCCAUGAGACCAUCUAAUGAGCUUUAAUUUGUUUGACCAGCCUUAUAACUCCAUUAUUGAUGGCCUUUAAAUCAAUAUGACAACACGUCAGACAGAGCAAAUGGCUGAAUGGAUUGAUUAAUGAUUAUCUGGGAUGAGUGGCAUCCAUCAUUGCCUCGUCAUCUCUCCUCACCUUUCUCUGCACGCUGAAAUGGCUCUAUAGUAUUAUGCAGGCUGAUAACUGAUAGGGACUGGGCUUAUCUGUGAUAUGCAAGAGAUUGUAUUAUUCAUAUAAUAAAGUUAUGCACUCAUGUCUUGUCCACGCUUUAGGAGUACACGAUGGACAUGUUCUUCCGUCAGAUGUGGGUCGAUGAACGGCUAAAAUUUGAGGGCCCGACUGAGAUCCUACGUCUCAACAACCGCAUGGUGGACAAAAUCUGGACCCCAGACACUUUCUUUCGAAACUCCAAGAAGUCCCUUUCACACAACAUGACCACACCAAACAAGCUCUUCCGCAUCAUGCAGAACGGGACGGUCCUCUACACCAUGAGGUAACCUUACCCAGUACAGUUAUUGUGUUUUUGGAAAGACCUCAUUUGUUUUACAUGAAAAGAUGACCCUGGCCUGUUUCUGCGUGCUGUUAGACUGACCAUCAGCGCAGACUGUCCAAUGAAGCUGGUGGACUUUCCAAUGGAUGGGCAUGCCUGUCCUCUGAGAUUUGGAAGCUGUGAGUAUAACAGAUUUCUCUUCCCAAUUAUGUGCGUUACUCAGGACUUUAAUUCCUUACUGAAUUAUCUUUGCAUUUUUAGAUGCCUACACAAGCAAUGAAAUUAUAUUUACAUGGAGGAAGGGGCCGAUAGCAUCUGUUGAUUGCCCCCCAGAGUCCAUAAGUCUUCUGCAGUAUGACCUGGUGGGACAGACUUUGUCCAGCGAGAUAUUCAAAUCGAACACAGGUAAGGUUUAUAGAUGUUUGAUCAAGAUUGUGGGCAUACACUGAAAUGAUUCAUAUAAAUUAGCAUCCAUCACUUUUCAGAGUCAAGCUCCUUCCUUUCUUGAGCAUCCAUCCUCUUUUUGAUACUCAUGUGAUCAAGGUUAAUGCAUACACUAUAAUUUAAAGUGAACUAUAACAUUUUAAACCCAGUGAAUGCAGUGACAGAAGAAGAAUGGGCGAGGGUUAUAUGUAUUUUCUCUUGCUUGUGCUGUGAAUCCAGCACAUUCCUGGAGUACAGAGGAAAAAGAUGAGGCAGACUCCAAAAUGUAGAGAUGAAACCCAUUAAGAAAACAGGGAGAGAAAAAAAAAACCCUCCUUCUGUGUGUGCGUGCAUAAUGCAGUGUGUGUGUGUCUCUGGUCUGCAAAUGUCUGCAUGCAUGUGUUUAGACAGAGCAGGGCAGUGUUACACAUUGUGACACUGUAUGCUCUCCUCCUGCCCCCUCCUCACUCGCUCCUUCCUCUUCACUUUAUCCCAUUUCCAAAUGUCUGCUGUGCUCGCUCCUCCUUCUUCUCCUCCUUUUUGUCCUUCCUCUCUUCCUUCCUCCUCUGCCUCACUCUCUGAUGCUCUGUUAGUAGGCUAGUCCAGUCCUAACAGCAGAAAUACAUCUUUAUGUCUCUCUCAGCAGCAGUUCUGUUUCAAGGGCAGACAAGGGUAUCUGUUCUGUGCCACCCCGCUCUAUCCCCUCAGGGUUGCUCUGUUCACACAUAUACUGUUUAUUUCGCAGGUCAGUACUCAGUGCAGGUGGUCCACUUCCACCUCCAGAGGAAGCUAGGCUACUAUCUCAUACAGACCUAUAUCCCCCUCAUAAUGGUUGUAGUGCUGUCACAAGUCUCGUUUUGGAUCAACAAGGAGUCUGUUCCUGCACGCACAGUUGCCGGUAUGCCCCCUUUUCCCUAAACUGCUCAUAAAAUUUGAUGCUAUCAUACACCUCCAUGAGAGUUUCAUUCAUGCUGUUCCCCCCAGGAAUAACUACUGUGCUGACCAUGACCACCUUGAGCAUCAGUGCUCGUCAGUCACUGCCCAAAGUAGCCUAUGCCACCGCCAUGGAUUGGUUCAUUGCAGUGUGUUUUGCCUUUGUGGCGUCAGCUCUCGUCGAGUUUGCGGCAGUGAAUUACUUUGCCACCCUGCAGGCCAACCACUUGAAGAGGAAGAAAACCAGACAGGAAAAGCUGGAGGUGUUGGCCAGCACCACUGAAGAUGGAGAUACAGUUUCAGUGAGUAGUUGAUUUGAUGUGCUAUUAUAUUUUAAGAAGUAUGUUCUGAGUAUGAGUCUGAGGCACCUUUGUCUCAACUUGUGUAUAAUACAGUAAGAAAAAAUGCUUAUCUUAGUAAAAGACAUUAGGAGGAACUUUAAGGCUGUGGUAAUUCUGGUGACCCCUUUAGAUUUAAUCAGUCUUAUUUAUGUGUGAUGAAGACUGUCUUUCACAUGAGCACCAUCGCUCACUGUUGUAAAGAUGUGGCCUCUAUCAAAGUGAACGUUUGCUGUAGAAGCAAAUGAAUGGUUACAGAUUUUAUUGAUACUCUUUGUCUUUGUUCAAGAUAAUUUUUUGAGUAAUAAGGCAAUGUAUGUUUAUGUAGCUGCAUAAAAUCAUUCACUGUAACAUCACACCAACCAAACUUUGUAAAUCCUGAUUUAUUAUUUUUCAUGAACUUACAAAAGGCGACCAUAUUUACUGGUUUAAAGUUAGGCAUCGCUGCCCUGGCGUCCCCACGUCUGCUCCAGUGUCUAAAUUUGGUUUAACUGUACUGUCUUUGAAAAGCAGUGAGACAUUCACACACCUGCAUGAUCAUUAGAACCUGUUUGUAACCAUAUUACUCUUUUACCUGCAAUGCCUGAAAAUGACACUCUCUACAGAACCAUGUGUCUUUCUAAAUCUAGUCCCAGUAUCAGCCAUGCGUAUGAAACAUUGUGUAGUGAAGGUUCGCUAAAGAAAAAAGACUCCUCCUGCUUACUCAUUUACGUCUCAUUAGUGCCAACAUUUAUCAGCUGAGUCAAAAAUGUAAUAAUUUCCAGGCGAGCACCAAAAAUUGACCAGGCACUAAACCUUAGUCUGAGAAAAUAACCAGUCAUCUCACUUUACCAUUCAAGUUAGGGGCUGAAACGAAUAAUAUUUACACGGAAUAACAAGGAAUAACAAAUUUGAUCGACCAACAUUUGCGAUCUUCUUCUUCUUCGAGUCCGUAGCGAUCUCAGAUGUCGUUCUGCCAGUAUCGGGCACAGGCCACAGCUGCUGGAGUAGACUCUGCCAGGUCUUCUGGCCUACACUGGGGGGCAUCAGCACAUUCCAGUAGGUGGGACAUUGUCUGCGUUGAUCCACAGCUACACGUCUUCUGUUGUGUAGUUCCACACUUUCAUCAGUGCUUUGCACCUCCCCUGUUCCACACGCAGUCUAUUAAGCGACUUCCAGGUAGUCCAGCCAAGGUCGUGACCGCUAGCGAGGCUUUCCGUUGGUGUUAUUCCUCUGUCCAACCAUUGGGAGCUCGUGGGUCACAGCUCUUACAUUCAUCUUCCCAGAUGUUGGCCCUUGCUGCUUCUUUGGUUGUCUGGAGGGGCAGAACAGUCUGAACAAAACUAGUUCUGGAUCAGAGCCUGCGUGGGGGUGCUAUGUGGCCAUGUAACGGGUGUCUGACGUUCAUCUCCUGUGUUCUUCGCUCAUCUUGAGCGAUACCCAAUUGUCUGAUGUGCUGGGGAGAGAUGCCUGCUAGUGCAUACAGGCACAGGAUAGGUGUUGACUUGACACAACCCGUGAUGAUGCGGCAGGUGUCGUUUAGGGCUGUGUCGACCAGUUUGGUGUGGCGUGAUCGGUUCCAGCUUGAGCAGGCAUACUCUGCUGUGGAGAAGCACAGGGCUAUGGCAGUAGCACGGAUUGUUGGUGGAUCUGCGCCCCACUUGGAGUUCACUAGUUUGCGUAGGAUGUUAUUAUGGGUGUUGACCUUGGCUUUAGUGUUCUCCAGGUGUUUCUUGUAGGAGAGUGUCCUGUCAAGUGUGACUCCAAGAUACAUGGGAUGUGGAUGGUUGGACAGUUUGUGGUCAUCCCAGGUGUCGCUCAGUUCUCUUUUCGCGUCACGGUUCUUCAGAUGGAAGCUGCAUAGUUGGGUUUUGGAUGGGUUGGGUUUAAGGUGGUUAUUAUUGUAGUAGUUUGACAUUUCUUGGAGGGCACUUUCAAGGACGGACUCAAUCUUCUGGAAAUCUACUUGUUGGGUGGUGAUGCAGAGGUCAUCUACGUAGAUGAAACACUGGCAUUCUGGGGGUAGUGGCUGGUCAUUUGUGUAAAUAUUGAAGAGGAGAGGGGCCAAAACGCUACCUUGUGGGAGGCCGUUCUUUUGGGCUUUCCAUUUGCUCCUCUGUUCAUAUAACUGGACAUAGAAUCGCCUGUUGUUAAGGAGGCUUUUGAUGACUUGACAGAGAUUCAGGUCUCCAGUCAUGUCCGGUAGUUUCCUGACCAUUGUGCGGUGUUGGACGGUGUCAUAGGCAGCAGUUAAGUCUAUAAAAGCUGCUCCAGUUAUUAGUUUCCCUUCAAACCCAUCCUCAAUGUGUUGGGUGAGGUUAAGUAGCUGUCCAGCACAGGAGCGGCCAGGGUGGAAACCAGCUUGGUCUUUGGUCAGCUUGGUGUCUAUGAGAGGCAUCAGGUGUUGGAGUAGCAGUCUCUCGUAGAGCUUGUACGUGAUACAAAGGAGAGAAAUGGGUCGGUAGCUCUUUGGGGAUGAGGGGUCUUUGCCGGGUUUGGGGAUUGCAACCACUUUGGCCUUUCUCCACACAGGUGGGAUGGUUUUCUGCACCAUGCAUGUGUUCAGCAUCUCCAGGAUCCAGGUUUUUGCUUUGGGUCCCAGGUGCUGUAACAUUUCUGCCAGAAUAUCAUCAAUCCCUGCUGCUUUUCUGGGUUUCAGCUUUCCCAGUGCAGUUUUGAGUUCUUCUAUGUAGAAGGGUUUGGUGAGAGAGCUGGCUGGUUGUGGCUGGUCUGAUACCACUGUGCGAUGGUGUUCUCCUGUGGGUCGGCGGCGGAGUUGGUUUCGGCCGUUGGCCACCAGCUGUGAUGCAACAGAGUUUGCUGUGACUGUUGUGAUUAUGGGUGGAGUGGUGUGGUCUUCGCCAAGGUGGUGGAUUGUGGCCCAUGCCUUCCUGCUGUUGUUUGCCAUGUUCGUGUUCUAUAUCAGCUCCUUCUAGACUUUCCUUCGUUCUUCACCAACUUCACUGAUGAGGGUCUCUCCCAGUUCCAUGGUGGUGGAGGAGAAGGGGUCGUUGUUAUAUUCCUCAUAGUAGGCUUUCAGCAGGUCGCUGGAUGUUUCUGAGAGCCCAGGGAUAUACUGUGUCUGACAUCCUCUGGGUAUGUGAUGCCUGGCCAACCUUUUAACCAGAUCUGUGAAGUUGGAGUAGUUGUUGGGAAGUGGUGGUAUGUUAGAUAUGGAGUGCUCUAUCUCCUGUUGGAAUGACAGCCAGUCAGCUUUCCGCAGGUUGAACCUCCUGCGGAACGGGACGGUGAUUGCUUGAGAGCAGAUCUAACAGUGAUGGCAAUUGGCCGGUGCUGGGUAUCGGGGAUAGGGUCCCGGACUUCCUUCUGGGUUCUGGAUGUCGCUACUAACACAGGCGAGGUCUGGGUUGUAUCCUCCCUUCCAUCUGGCACUGUGGAAGGAUUUGGGGAGUUUGGCGUUGUGGAUUAGGGUGAGGUGUUUUGACUCGAGCCAGGUCUCAACUUCAUCUCCAUCUUUGUUGUUGUUCUCGUAGCCCCAUUAUGUGCUGGGGGAAUUAAAGUCGCAGAUGCUGUUGUGAAAUCUCCUCUUGCAUCUUUCUGGUAGUUCUGUGUAUAGGAAGGGGGGAUGCAGGUGGUUUGUAGACUGAUGUGACAGAGACAUUUGGGAAGACAACUGUGAUGGUUUCCAUGUUCCCUUCCGUAGUGUGGGUCCAGACUUCCUCAAUCUUGAGGUUUGGUCUGCUGAAAAUAGCUGAUCCAUACUGUCUCUGUCGGAUCGCAGUGAUCAGAUUCAUUCCAGGGAUGGUAGGACGGUGUUGUGCAGGGCCAAUGUGGGUUUCCUGCAUGCAGAGUAUGUCAAAGCGAUUGACCAUCGUUGCCAGUAUCUCUGCUUUACAUCCGGAGAAACCAUCAUUGUUAACUGAGACAACUGACAGUGCGGGUCCAGAGAGAGGCAGGUAUCUGUGGCGCUGUUGGGAUCCGGCAGUCAUCUUCAUCAUUUGGUCGCAUGUGAUUAUAGACACUUUUAGUGUGAUACAAAUCAAAAAUAAGUUUUAAGUGUCUUUAGAAUGGAAUAACUGCUGUUAAGAGUUGAGAAGUAAGUCCUGUCCUUUAGUCUUCAGCUCAGCAUCCACAUGCAAUAGUAAUAAGUGCCAGUAGGUUAUAGAAAUGAAUAACUUAGGGAAAUGCCCCAACACAUUUUGCCUGAAUGAUACAGGAUGUUGAAGAUAAAUAAGAGGUGACCACAAGCUUCAGUUUGAUAAAACUAGAGCUGCUUACAUUUUCCCCUGCUUUUUAAGUAAACGUUAAGUUAACCAGCUACCAGCUUCUGCAACAUAUUCAACAAUGUCAAUCUUCUCCUCCAAUGUCAAGCAAUGAAGCAAACUGAAAUAUGAACCAAAUUGUUGGUGUAUUUUUUGAUACGUAAAAUGAAACUGAUCUCUUAUCUGUAAAAACCAAAUGCUUUUCAAGAACAUGUCUGCAGUAUGUUAGUGAUUUAAAUGAUCAACAACGGCACAAUGUUAAUUUCGUAAAAAAAAGGAAUAAAACCCCAGACCUCUUUGCUGUAUUUUUUCAGUUGGCAGAUUGCUGCAAAUGAUGAUGUGGAUAUUUCGAUGGUUUUCAUGAUGUGGCACUGUAAAUAAAUGAACAAAUCUUAUAACGGAGUGUAGAGAUACUGAGUUAAAGAGUCUGAUGUAGUGGUGUUGAUAAUGAGCUGAAAGUCUGCAACUCCAUACCCUGUUGUAGAGAGAAAGACACGGCACAGAUAGGAGGUCUGUUUCUAUGCAUUUCCAAACAGUCGCCCCUUUUCUCUCAUUCUCUGCAUUCAGGGCACAGCACACAUUAAAUAGUAAUUUGUGCUGUUGUAGUGCUCUCAUCUCCAGCUAUAUGCUUUAUGCUAAUACAGUAAGCCACCACGGCGUCCUCCUGGGAUCUGUCUCACGUGUAAGGCUCAUGGUUAGAUGCUUUAAAAAUAGCCUCAGUGUGAGAACAGAGAACAACUCCAGCACCUCUCCCUGUAUAAUCUCCUCACCAUCCUAUGGGCAUCCAGCAAACUACCUGCUGGGUUCUAUAGGGAUGUAGGCAUGCCAUUGAGAGAAAGAUCCCGUGAGAACUAACAUCACUUCCAGGCUUAUAUACAACACCAAAGCAUGUUUAAACAACAAACAUACAAGCAAACCAGAAUACUUUUACACUGCCUAACCAUCUUCUCUCACAGAGCUGAAAAUUCCCACCAACCCCAUCUCACCUCUUUUUGCUUUUCUUUCCAACCCCCCCCCCAGCAGUCUGACGGCAGCCCUCAGGAAGGCCUGAAGAAGAGGAACCAUUCAAUGGCUCGCAGUGAAAUAGGAGAGGGUCCUCCACUGCCAAUUUUCCUCCAGCAGGGCUCAGCUUUUCCUCAAAUCCCCCAGCUGGCCGGCACCAGCCCCAUCGACAAGUACUCCCGCAUCCUGUUCCCCCUGGCCUUUGCUUUGUUCAACGGGUUUUACUGGUACAUCUACCUGGCUAAGGACACCAUGGAGAGAGCCAGGUACGUGACAGUGAUGUUUAAGAAAAACGUUCAAAAUCAUUUAUUUUUAUUAUGGCCCUUGUCUCAUUUAUUGACAUGGAGGCUUUAUGGUUUAUGACUAUGCUACUCAGUAGGGGGAGUCUAAAUCUUUUAAAUACAGUUUUUGGUAUUAUGAAAAGUGUGGUCCCCCAAAACCUCAAUAUUCUCCGGUCUGAGUAAUGUUUGCUAAAAACUAGUGUCCAGCUGUUUAAGGAUUUGACUUUUUCUCUCCAUAAAAAAAGUAUGUUUUUCUUUAUGGUGCAGCAAAAAGGAAUGCCUAAAGCCUGGUACAGAUGAGCUUUUUUUGCACUGCCUUGCUGUGCAACGGCAGUGGUUUAUCAAUCACACAAACCCCCGGAAGAUUUACAGUAUAUGAGAGGAUGCUUGAGAGCAUUGCACUCAAUUCGUAUAACCCAUGCACACAUACUGUCUUUGUGAGCACUUUUACAGCUCUCCCCAGCAACAUCCCUCUACUUGUGAGUAAAACUUUGUGACCCAUGAAGAGAAAACUACUGUUUGAGCAAAUGCAGAAAUGGACUGAGUACACGAUCGCUUUCCCCGUUCCCAGUUGCUCUGCUGCUUGCCAGACUUUGAUCUGCUUGACUAGUUAUGAAUGUCAACUAGUUAUUUGUUUUGUUAGUGGGCAUGAACAGAAAGAAGUCAUGCUGGGGUCACUACAGUCCUUCUCUUGACGGACUCUUAAUUGUGACUGUGGGAUUGUGGGGCUGUUGGGUGAGACCUGUCAAAUAUCAAUGGUCAAAUGUCAGGUAUUAUAAUGUGUUAUAACUGUUAACAACUCACUGAUAAUGCCCACAUAGAUAAUGCAAUGCAACUGUUGUUACCUGACCUUGUAAGUCAUGAUAAAAUGCUUAAUAAUGUGUUAUGAUUAUUACUAUAGAGCAUUAUGAGCAUAUAUGAGUGUUUAUAACUAUAUUUAUACAGUGCUAUAACGUGAGUAUAACACAGUAUGAAUGAGUGUUAAUCACAUUUCUUAUUUAUAUGAGUGCAAGUGAGUUAAGUCCUGACCAUUCUUCUCGUAGUCCUGCAAAUAUCAAGUAAUAUCUAUGAAGCAGAAUUAUUAUUUCUCUCCACAUCUUUCAUUUGCAAACAGAAAUACUUUUAGAUUCUGUAAAACCAAAGGAUUCUUUUUUCUUGCACUCCUCCAUUUUUGAGCCUUUACGGAUACACACACACACACACACACACACACACACACACACACACACACACACACUUCUUGUGUGAUCACAUCUUACAAGUAAGCUAUGCCUUUUGGGGUUUGACCUUUAACCUUUUGAGUCUUGUGUGACAAGGCAGUAGUUUCAGAAUCCUUUCAUGCAAAAAAGUAAAAAUAGCAGAGACAUACUUGGGGAUAAUCCACAAUUUUUGUUCAAAUGGUAUAAAAAGGAGGGAUUGUUUGAUGGAUAUUUAUGCACACUUACUUUGUAUUUAAAAGAGGCACAGACCUGUCUCACUCUGCUCUCAUUAUGAUAGCUUCAGUCGAACAUUAACUACCCACAGUUUCAGUCAAGGACUUUUAUCUAGGCAGUAAAGACAUCAAUAAUUUCUAAUGCUGAAACAGCCUGGAGAGUUGUAGGCAAAUAAAAGAAGAGGGAGGAGAGUGAUGUUAGGUGGCGUUGUUUCUGCACCAAUGCCAGCAGUGUGGCUUUUAUCAUCAUCGACGGUUUACAAUCGAAAAAAAGGGGGCCGGCUGCUCAGCUAAUUUGAGAAGAAAAGCGAGCACCAACAUCUCUCCUCUUUCAUAUAAGGUUUACCUGAGGGCUGGUGAAAACCCCAGCCAUCUUAAUAACAACUCUAUUUUUCCAUGGGGACCGGGUCUCACAGGCAAAACAAACCAGGGCAUACUUUGUACAUUAAGCAACCGAAAAGAAAAAAAAAGCCACUAUUCACUUUCCUGCUCAUAAGUGAACCAGUUAUAGAACAGCUCCAUGUCCAAGAAAGACAGAGUGAUCCACUGCAAAAAGACAGAAAAAGAAAGAGAGGGAGAGAGACAGAGGAGAGAGAGAUGUGUAUUAUGUAACACUGGGGAGUGCAAAUCUGCUCAUCAUGCUUCUCAUGUUCCUGUCAGAGAAUUUUUAUGCUUGUUUUGUCUAUAAUGUUCUGCAGAAUAAUGAGAGACAAGAUGGAGAGGGUGAGAACAGCUGCAUCACAUUUCUUCCCUGUAACAUAUAUUUCUUGCCACAUCUCCUGCUCGGUACACUUGGAGAAAACACCUUGAGGAGGAGAGGGAGAGGGAACGGUUUGGGUGCUGCAGAGUCUCUGAAUGUGGAGAGAGAAAAGAGGUUUCUGCAGCCUCCUCUCAUAUUUUGUGCUCUGCUGUGUUCUGCUCUUGCAGGGACGUGGAUGUUCAAAACUGA